GCUCUUGUUGACAUAUUUUGAUCAUUAUUAUUUACCACUAAAAUAGACCGAAGCAAGACUGGAAACAAAGUAAAUUGUCCAACCCCAAAGAGGGGGUUUGUGAAGGUGCAAAUUUGCGGAUCAGAAAACUCUCCCCAAAGAAGAUCUAUACAAGAAGCAACCAGUCACCGAGCGGAAGGGAGAAAGAGUUUGAGAGCAUGAAAUUCAUGAAAUCCCCAUUGAGUCCUCUACUCAGUCUCAAAAAACCACUCAGAGUUUGCCAACCGAAGAGAGUUGAUAAUUCUCCAUUUGCACUCAACAAGCCUGAAGAAAAAUCUGAUUUAAAGUUCCUCUAUUUUUACGGAGGGUAUAAUAAGACUGUUCUAUAUCAAAAAUCCAUGAGGUUUGAUCACCCGGAGGGUUAUCAACCACCUCAGGAUGAUACAGGAGAAGAUCUUAUGCAUUUCUCUGAAAAGCAGGAUCUUAAAUCCAGCUUUCACGUUUGACCCAAAAAGAAAAAUAACUCACAAUGGAACGAGAUCAUGGAACUGAUAUUUAAUAAAGAUUCCACUCCUUUCCGGAGGGUCAAAAAAUUGGUCGGAUUAGAUUUAACAGCCAGGAAGGUAAUCAUUCACUUCAGAUUUGCAAUAUCUUCCUCAUAAUUCAGAUGCUGACGUUUCUUUUAGGCUGUAUAUCUCAAAAGAAAAAGA